CCAGCCUUCGCGAGUCGUAUCGUGCACUCGACCGGUUCGACGUGGUGAACGUUGCACCUUCCUUGUGUUUCACGUGGAGGACAUUCUGGAGGAAAAUUAUCACGGACGUGUGGAUAUUUUUCACCGUAAUUGGUGUUUCUGAUGCAAUGGUGUGCUCAAGUUUUUACGCGAAACGGCAGAAAGGUCGAUCAUAAUGAUCGAUUAUGGCGAAUUACGAGUUGUUUAAGCUCUUAAUACGAUUCGGUCUGUAACGAGGUUUCAUGAAGCUUUCAUGAAAGCAAGAUCAAGUUCCUGACUGUUGAACUUGAACUUUGAAAAUCACGGAGAUAUCGAAAGUCAACUGACAAAGCUCUGGUUUGAGAUUAAAGUCGAGAUCAUCACUUGGCAAUCGCAUUCGUGAACAAACUGGAUUCUCUGUAUGGUGCCGAGUCUGUGGUCGGAAGUGUUUGCUCACCGGGAUGAAAACCACGUGCUUCUAGAUGUGACACAGAAUCGAGAAAUCCUUCAGAUCACAGUUUUCCAAAUGAGAUUCCAAAUGCGAUCGUUAGCAAUACAGUGAGAGACGAUAUCGUGAAGUUGGUUGCAACGCGCAGAGAUUGGACAUCUCUGUAUCGUCAACGGUAGAUUUUAAACUGUCGCAGUUGAGCAAAAUUUGACAGUCAGCCUGCAACAUGGCCUUGUUGCGGUAUGCGUGGUUCCUCAUAUUACCAGUUUUAACAUGCGUUCAGGGAAAGUUUGAUGUGUCAACGAAGGAUCUAAAAGUACAGCUCAAUCAGUACGAGUCGUUCAACUUAUCUUUGACGAAACCUUUACCUCCCACUAGCAAAACUGUAAUAGUCACAUUUGAUAUACAGCAUUCGGAUUUGAUAUGUACUAAUCCGUCUGGUUUUAAUAUUACUGCCGAUAACAGAAAUCAAACAGAAUGGGUUAUUCAUGUAAAAGGUCUCAGCGCAGGCCACUCAGUUGUUAAUACCAAUGUGACGCCUAGCGAUAUUACAGAUUUCUCUCAAGCAUUUGUUAGAGUGACUAUAGAAAAGUCUGAUAUACUUUAUCACGCCAGUGCUGUAGUUGGAUGGAUAUAUUUUUUAGCAUGGAGUAUAAGUUUCUAUCCACAAAUCUAUGUUAAUUAUAAACGUAAAAGUGUCGUGGGUCUUAAUUUCGAUUACUUGUCACUGAAUCUUGUUGGUUUUCUAAUGUAUGCAUUGUUCAACUGUGGUCUCUACUGGAUACCUGAGAUUCAGAAUCAGUAUUUUGAUAGAUAUCCCAAAGGUUUGAUUCCUGUACAAGUUAAUGAUAUUUUUUUCUCGCUGCAUGCAGUACUUGCUACUAUAGUGACUAUCGGGCAGUGUUUCAUUUAUGAGAUUGGCAAUCAAAGAGUAUCGACGACCGCACGUAUUAUUCACGGAGUAUUUGCGACCUUUAUAUUAGUGUCUCUAAUAUUAGCGUGUGUCCACACAAUUAAGUGGCUAGACUUUCUCUACUAUUGUAGCUACGUGAAACUCAGCAUAACGCUUAUCAAAUAUGUGCCACAAGCGUUUUACAAUUAUAGAAGAAAGUCCACUGUCGGCUGGAGUAUAGGAAAUAUAUUCCUAGACUUUACCGGUGGCAUUCUGUCGAUGUUACAGAUGAUACUCAACGCUUAUAACUACGACGAUUGGGAAAGUAUUUUCGGGGACCCGACUAAAUUCGGUCUUGGAUUCUUUUCCGUGGCAUUCGAUAUAUUUUUCAUAAUACAGCACUACGUUCUUUACAGAUAUAGCGAUGAGAAGGUGAUUGACCUGAACGGCAGAAUAUAGCGACUUCGUCGAGCGUUCCAUUACUUUUCCCCAAAAUCCAUAAUCCCCGUCUGUCUGACAUGUAUUUUUAUAUUAUCUCAUGCAGAUCCGCACGAGUAUUUUAUCAUUUGUCAUUGUCACGUGCAAAGAAUUAUUUAGGUGGAAUACAAAAUCUCUAAAAUGCGUGCAGUUCACAUAAAUAAGCCUGCAUCAAGAAAUCGAGAAAUAUACAUAUUUUUAUAUGGUCCUUUUUGUAGUAUCGAUAUUUAUUAUGAAAACAUUCCGCGAAAUAUAUUUUAAAGAAUUAUAUAUGGGUAUUAUAGAUAAAACAAUUAUUUAUACAUAUUCUAUAUGUAUAUUUCAUAUUAGAUAGAGAAAUUUAUAUAAACAAUUUAUUUAUCGAAACCGAACCAAGUUCAUAGUUAUGCAAAUUAUGCAAAUUGGUGUUUUCGUAUCUUUUUAAUUGAAUUUUAAUUGAUAUUUAUUCAAUUGUAAUUUAUAUAUAUAUGAUUAAUUUAGACAUAUUUUUUUAUGUAGACAAUAUUACGUGAUGCAAAAUACUAUAUGACGAUAUAAAGAUAAACCGCAUGAAAAGAUUUUCUAUUGUGGUUCUAUUUUGCUGACAAGACAAGAGACUAUAUGUCAUUAUAAUAAAAAUAAUGUGCAUGUUUCAUGCACCUAGUAUUCGUGAUAUGAGGUUUCAGCUAUCUAGGUUUCAUCAUUUUUUCAUUAUAUAUAAUAGAUCCGCACAUUUCAAAUAAUCAUAACUGAAAUUGUAUUAUUAUGAUGUUAUAUUGUACUAUAUAUUAAUAUAGUACAUCUCUCAUACAUCAAUAUCUUUCACUUGGUUAUCACAAAAAUAAAAUAAUAUAUAUUUCGAUUCUCAAAUACGUAGAUGAUAUUUGAAAUUGUUAAAUUGUACUACCAAAUCACCAACAAAUAUAUAUUGAAAAUGUAUAUUUCAUAAAAGAAAAGAAGUAUAAAUAUCACUUGGUCAGAUGCAUGAAGCAUGUCCUGCGUUUUAUUACGUAUAUCGACAUUUGUGCAUUAGGAUUAAUCGUUGCGCGUCUUUCAAGUUGCACGAUGGUGAAAGAUCCUGCCGCGAUUUUCGGGGAUAUCAAUUUGGAUCAAUAUGUGUUCAAAUAAAUUUCAUGGGUAUCCCAUAGGUACAAAUAGACAAAAUUAUGCCGUCCUGUGUGUCGUUUGAAUGAGUGUGUGUGGUUUACUGCCAUUAACCCGAGAAUAAACAUCCAUCCUUUUCUUUUAUUACCAAAAGAUAGAUAAGAUACACAUGGUGCUUAAAACUUUUAUUGAUAAUUUAUUGUAAAUUGUAUCUUUCAUGUAUCGAUUAUUUUCUGCGAUAAGUAAACGAAUUAAAAAAAUUGAUAGAAA